UUCUAAAUGCCGUAAACGGCCGACGAGAACCGACCACUAGUUCGAAUCAAACGGUGGAGAGCGGCGAGCAGGGCGGCGAGACAACGAGAUCGAGAAGCGCUGCUGCCACGUAAUUGCGGAUCAAUAAACAAAUCUCUGUGGUGCCCGCAAAUCCCAAGUAUUUUAACGCCAAAUUUAAUAAAAUUGUGAUAUUAAGUAUUCUCAUUCAGUUAGUAGUGUGUGUGUGUGAUAAAAUACAUCAACAUUUCUAUUAGUUUCUAAUAAAAUUUGAAAAAAAAAAACAAGUGUGGAAAGUGCGCCGCAUUCCGAAUAAUUUAAGAAUCCUACUUGUGUUGUAAAGUGUACGCGAGCGAGCCAGAGUUGUUUCGAUGUCCCCCUCUUUCUGUCCGACAGGCAGAAGUUGAUUCCGUGGCGUCCAAAUUUAUCUCUCUGGCUGGCCAGACUGAUAUGGAGCACUAAUGACGAUGCGCGCCCCCACCCCCUCCGAGCCGAAGUCUAAUAUAUUUCCUACCUACCAAGUGCCUCAAGAGUCAGCCAUGCGGGGCAGCGCACCCCAACCAGUACAACAAGACGAAAUCGCUCGGGCGUAUAGGGGGGGUCGAGCCGACCCCCCGACCUGCCCUUUUGGCGUUGGCGCCCCUGGCGGGGAGCACGCCGCCUCAUCUGUGAUAUCCGGCUCUGGCUGCGGCCCCGCAACAAUACAGCGUGGCGAGGCCUCAGCCCUUAAUCUUAAGCUGCAAUCUGUGACCGAUAACUGUCUUCUGAACUCUGUUACCGUACCAAAAAUACAACGUAAUGACCGUAAUGACACGGUCGCCCACAAUAAUUUAACUAAUAAUAAUAAUAAUAAUGUAGUUAGCGAUAAGGUAGAAGAUAGUUGUAAGUUUGGUGCUUUGCCCUUCGGACAAGACAUUCCCAACCAAAAGUCUGAUGACCUCGAAGUACUCGACACUCUGAUGGAAAACCUAAAUGUGACUGCUCUUUAUUGCGAUAACAACGAUAUGGACAAAGAACGUACUGACAUUGGAGAUUAUGAUCUGUGCCACAAACUAAGGAAAUUGCGCACAACCUUAGACGACAACCCGGAAACCUUUUCGGUACCUUUGAGGCUAAGGGGAGGCGGUGAAAGCUCCCUCAGCACAGGUACAUCUGGAUGGGGCACACCUCCGUCUCAGAAUGCCAACAAUAACAACAUGAAUAACACGAGCGGCUGGGGUACAGCCAACCCCUCAAAUCAGAACAACGCAGGUAGCCAGCAGUGGAACAACAAUGCUAAUCGUCCACCAGCUUCUUCACAAAGCGAUGCCAACAAAACGAACACUGGCGGUCAACAGCCACCUACCACACAAUCGAACAGUACUGGAGGAUGGGGCCAGCCAGGUGCCAAUAGUAAGCCUCAACCGGGCACUAAUGGACCACCGCCCACAUCUACAGCUUCGACCAACAACAACGCCCAAAACCAGCAACCAAACAACACUAGCAAUUCGACUAAGCAACAACUUGAGCAAUUAAACAACAUGCGCGAGGCUAUAUUCAGCACCGAUGGCUGGGGUGGCCAGCACGUCAAUCAAGAUACCUCCUGGGACAUACCUGCCAGUCCAGAACCGGCUGCAAUGAAAAUGGACGGAUCCGGUGGACCUCCUCCAUGGAAGCCUGCUGUCAACAACGGCACCGAACUGUGGGAGGCUAAUUUGCGUAACGGAGGACAACCUCCACCACAGCCUCAACAAAAAACUCCCUGGGGUCAUACUCCAUCCACCAACAUUGGCGGGACUUGGGGUGAAGAUGACGACUCUGCCGAUAGUUCAAAUGUAUGGACCGGAGUUCCUAAUAAUCAGCAGCAAUGGGGGGGAAAUAAUAAUUCGAAUGCAAUGUGGGGAGAUUCAAAUAAGCGAGUCGCAGGUGCAGCCGGAGGCAAUGCUUCUGGUUGGGGAGAUCCUAGAGCUGCUGGCGAUCCAAGAGCAGCUGCAGCAGCAGCUGCCGUAGCUGCUAUGGACGGUAUGCGUCCUGAUUUGCGCGCAGCCGCUGCAGCUUCUGGAAUAGACCCCAGACAGCUUGACCCGCGCGAACAGAUGCGUCAAAUGGCCGGUGGUGGUGAUAUGCGUGGUGAUCCUAGAGGAAUAACAGGAAGACUGAAUGGAGCUGGUGCAGAAUUCUGGGGACAAACUGGUCCUCACGCAGGCCCUGGAGCAAUGCAUCACCAGAAUAAAAUGCCCGUGGGCCCUGGUAGCACCGCAGGAUGGGAAGAACCAUCUCCUCCAAGUCAAAGACGCAGCAUGGCCAAUUAUGACGAUGGCACUUCUCUAUGGGGCAAUCCUCAGCAGGGUUCUCAUUGGAACGGUAUUCCCACAGGCGCUGGUGCUAUGGGCGGUAAUGGCGGUGGCCGAGGCGGGCCACCUGGAAUGGCUCCUGGUCGUAAGCCAGAAGCUGUAUGGAGCGGAAACAAUCGUAACGGUUGGGAUGACGUCGGUGGUGGUCCAGCCGGCGGUUGGGGCGGCGAAGACUCUAACGCCCCUUGGAAGCAACAACAAAAAGGUCCAGGCGGACUGUGGGAUUCUUCAGAUCUUGACUGGCACAAGCCACCAAAUAAACCACAGCUCAGUAAGGAACAUGUGUGGAACUCGAAACAGUUUAGAAUGUUGGUUGAUAUGGGUUACAAGAAAGAAGAUGUGGAAACUGCUCUCCGUGCACGUGAUAUGAAUCCAGAAGAUGCUCUAGAAUACCUCAGUCCUAUACGUAGUCGUGGAAAUGAUGGCUGGGGAGCUGGAGCAGGCCGCCACGAUGAUCAUUUCGAUCACAAUCAAUUCGGUAACGUACCCAGGGGCGGCUACCCAGGUAUUGGCGGCCCUGCAGGCAAUCCCUUAUCUGCAGGCGGGUUUCCUCCAAACGCAGGUCCUGGCGGUUUAUUGAACAGCAUGGGAGGAGGCGCAGGCCAAGCCAAUAACUCCUUAAUCAACAACAUUUCCCCAGCUGUGGUCCAGAAAAUGCUAACUCAACAAGUUGGCGUGGGUGGCGGUCAAGGUUUUGUUGGUUCUUCGGGAGGUCGUCCGAUGCAGCCCCAGGGACAACCCUCUACUCAACAAUUGCGUAUGUUGGUGCAACAAAUUCAAAUGGCCGUAACGGCUGGGUACCUUAAUCAUCAGAUCCUGAAUCAGCCUCUUGCCCCGCAAACUCUAGUCCUAUUGAAUCAGCUUUUACAGCAAAUUAAAACGCUGCAGCAAUUGAAUAACCAACAUCAAAUCGCUGUCCAAACCUCAAAAGGAAAUGUGACUAAUCCCACUAUUAUGCAGUAUUCUGUUCUCAUCACAAAGACUAAGCAACAAAUUAUGAAUAUUCAGAACCAAAUCCAAGCUCAACAAGCUCACUAUGUUAAACAACAGCAGCAGCAACAACAGGGUAUGGGUUAUGAUUUUAAAUCAAAUCCUAUGCCAGAUAUUAACGCUUUACAAGGCAAUUUCGCUGAUCUGGCCUUAAAUAAAGAUCCAAAUCAGCAACAAUCUAGACUUAACCAGUGGAUCAAUAAAGACAAAGAUGAAAAUAGUGAAUUUAGCCGAGCUCCAGGUUCCUCAUCUAAGCCAGUAGCUACCUCUCCUAAUAUGGCUCCUUUGGGAUUGACUCAACCUGACGGACCCUGGUCAAGUGGCCGAUCAGCAGACACUGGAGGUUGGCCUGAUUCGAAUAGUGGCGACUCAUCAAACGAUGUUAAAGACGCACAGUGGGCAACGGCCGCUCAAAAUUCCCUGACUGAUUUAGUACCUGAAUUUGAACCUGGAAAACCAUGGAAGGGUAAUCAAAUGAAGUCUAUUGAAGACGACCCAAGUAUUACGCCCGGCUCUGUGGUACGUUCCCCAUUGUCGAUUGCCACGAUCAACGUCAAAGAUAACGAAUUGUUUGGAAUCAAUGCCAGCAAAAGCCCACCGGCCACCGAUCCUAUGCAAUCUCUCAACUCGUCCACAUGGUCUUUCAAUCCACCUUCUACCUCUAGUGCUUUCACAAGCAGUCCCCAGAUCAAACUACCAGCGACCAAAGGCGGUUUGGACUUGAACCCAGCAACUACUGUUACCUCUGAAUUGUGGGGUGCACCGAAAUCUCGCGGUCCGCCGCCCGGUUUGUCCGCGAAAAGCGGCGGUGGUAAUUCUCUGGCCAACGGGUGGACCGGUCAGUUGAGCGGAGGCUCGGCUCCGUGGGGUGGCGCUUCCAACGCUGGCCAGCGCAACUCUGGAAAUUGGGGCGGCACCGGCGGCGGAGCGUCUCAAUGGUUACUACUUAGAAAUUUGACUGCCCAGAUAGACGGAUCGACUCUAAGAACGCUUUGCAUGCAACAUGGCCCAUUGUUAAGUUUCCACCUCCACCUUCACCAAGGUUUUGCACUUGCCAAAUAUUCAAGCCGCGAAGAAGCUACUAAGGCUCAAACAGCUUUGAACAAUUGCGUUCUCGGCAACACAACAAUUCUAGCAGAAAAUCCUACCGAUUGGGAUGCCAGCACUCUAUUGCAAAGUAUUGCCAAUCAGCAGGGUGGAUCGUCUGGAGCUUGGCGCAACUCCUCGUCUAAACCAGCUGGCGGUGAUACCUGGAGUACAGGAUGGCCUAACAACCCGUCCAGCCUAUGGGCGAACACACCUCUCGAUUCCAGCGAUCCCGCCCGUGCCACGCCCUCGAGCCUUAACUCUUUUCUGCCCAACGAUCUAUUGGGCGGAGAGUCGAUGUAAAUCGACAGAAUUCGAAAGGCAAGUGUAAUUGAAUCAAGUUGAGAACAAAAAGAAAGAUAUUUUUCACACAAUAAUCAAUUUGAAAUUUUAUUAGUAGAAAUUUUAUUCACAUUUAUACUAAUUAUUUUUUGUUUUUUUUUUUCGAGUUUUAACUGAAGGUAUUUGAACAUUUUUUUUUUUUUUUUUCGAUUAUAAUUUUAACUUUUUUUGUUAUGUAUCAAUAAUUAUUGUAAAUGUGUCUUUUCUACUUUUAAUUUUAUUAAUAAUUUUAAUGAGCAGUGAUUUAUAGAGUUGUUGUAGGUAUAAUUGUUUUUUUUUUAUAUUUAAUUUAAUUCAUAAUGGUAAAAUUUAGGGAGGUGGAUAUACCAAAUGUAAACUAUUUUCCUUGUUGUUGUAAAGUUCGAAAAAUUGGGAGAUAAUAUUAAUUAAUUUUUCUUUUUUUUAUUAUUAUUUAUUAUUCUUUUUUCGAGUUGCCAUUUUUUUUUUUUCUCUAUUUUAUUUUAUUAAUUCGGUAAGAGUUUUCAGUUAUUACUAAUUAUUGUACUAUUUAGCUUUAAUGAAAAAAAUUAUUCAAUGGAAUUAGAAUAAACCAGAUUAUUAGUGACUUAAUAAUAAUAAUAAUAAUAAUAAAAUAUCCGACUGCGAUCGAGAUGCGUUUCAACGUCAUUUAUUUAAGUGGUACCGAGCUCAACUUCAAACGCACCAAGUGACGCAUAUGAAAAUAUGAAAUGUAACCUAAACUAGUCCCAAUUAAGCAAGGUUUAUUAUUAAUAAUAUAUAAUAAUUAUAUAAUGAAAUAUAUAUUAGAUAACUACGUGACCAAACUCAUAAUAAUUACAUUUUAUAUAUUUCGAGCUCUUUAGCGUAUAGACUUUCUGAUAUUUAGAUAUUUUUCCUAUAUAUUAACACAUUUUAAUAUUAACACGUUGUUUAAGUUAUUUGUUUAAUCAUAAUUAAUAAUUUAAUGGUACCUAAGUUAAAAAUCUUAUGUGUGGUGUCUUAGACUUUUGUUAAUUUUUUAUAUUAUUCUAACAUCUUAUUGGUAUACUAAGUUAUAAGCAAAAACCUAAUGACUUUGGUAGUUUAGCUUAUCUCAGUUCAACUUGUGUGAUUUUCUCUGAGUAAGCUAAAAAAAUUUAUUCAUCAAACACUUUUUAUGCUUAAAGCUCUGUGAAAAUAAUAUAAAAAUAAUUUAAUCAAGACACUACAUAAAGAUUGAGUAUGUUAAGUAACCCGGUGAGGUAUCUUUUCGUGACAUGUAUCCUCUAUCCUAUUUUCGUCGUUUCGGUUGAUGUAGAGCAAACGGAAAAAAUGUGUGCAGGGGUAUAUAUGUGACGAGAGUGAUGCUUUAGUGCGAGUCGGUGACCAGGAAAAAAGAUGCUCUACCAUUCUCAUAAUUUGUAUUCAAAUGUUGCAAGGACUCUAGGAAUUAAUGCUGCCUUGGGUGUCAGUCUAUAAUUUUUCAAAUUGUCCAACAUUUGUUCUGGCGCACCAAGUGCGCUGGGAUGAUAAAAUAAUUCCCACCUACGCGUCAAAUCUGCAAAAAUAAGUUAAAGACUGAGCUUUUUAUAAUUAGCCAUUUUAAAAUAGAAAUUAUUGUGUGUUUUUGUAGAAAAUGCUAGAGUGGUUGCACUGUUUAUGAAUUUGAGAAUUGUUAGGAGUUAUUUGUUGAGUUUGAUUGAAAUUUUGCUUGUUAUUUUUUGCACUAGGCCUAGUCAUUAUUGCAUUAAUCUAAAAAUCGAGCAAAAUUUUUGUUUGGGUGGUUGUUGAAUCGUGGUCACCGUUUGGAGCUGUUUUUUUUUCCAUUAAAAAAAAAAAAAAACUCUCCUAUCCCCGCAGAACCUGUGAUCUCCUAUUCCUGAUAUAUCAAAUUACACUUACAAAUUAUACAUGUUUACGUAAGCUGUUGACUAAAAAUGUUUUUUUGGGUUGGAUUAGUCCCCAAAUAAAAAAAAAAAACACCACACAAUCAGUUUUUAGACUGCACGCUAAAUGAAAGUAUUCUUAAAUAAAUUUAAGUAAUAAAAAUUCUUUAAAAAAAUUAAAAAACCAAAAUAUCGUUAAUUAUUACACCCCUUUAAAUCAUAUAAAUAAUAAAUGUAUUUCUGUGUUUAAUGGAUGUGUUAGCCGUAGACUUUGAAUAUCGUUACAUUUUUUAGUCUGUAUACUGUGAUUAUUUUCGGAAUCACAAUAAGAAUAAUUAAUUAACAAACAUGUGUUAUUGUGGUGUUCAUACAAUAUCGAGAUUCAACUUUAUAGCUAACCUUAUGAAUGAGCGAUGGGAAGAAUGGGUAUAUGAUAUCUUCUGGGUGGUUAUUUUGAACAUUACAUACCAUUUUUGCAGAUGGAAAUUAUUUAGUUUAAGUUAAAAAAAAAAAGAUCAUAAUGCUCAAUUGAAAAAAACUGUGUAUGUUAAUAUGCUGCUUUCUCUGUGAUGUUGCCAUUAGAAACUACAAUUUAACAACUUAUAGGCAGCUGUUUGUCAAUCACUACGCCCCUACGUGAGGUGUUUUUUUUUUCUAGUCCUUUAAAUGCUAUCUCAUUCACUCCAUUUGCGUAAGUUACCAAGUCAAGCAAACUCUAGUGGUAAAAAGACUGAAGCCAAUAAAUCUUUCAUAAAUUAUUAUGCAUUUAAACCUGGUUUUGUAAUGUUUAAAUUAACCUAUGACACUAAAAAACCGUGCUAAGGGGAAGGUUUCUUCCUUUGCGUCCAAUUCGAAAAUCGAAUUUUCAAGUUAAAAUAAAAGUAGAAUGGGUUACUCUCAGAUGCAAGAAAAGAAACUUCUCACUUGGUAGUAUUCAAAUGAUAUGAAAUUUUUUGUUGAAUGACUAACAGUUUUUUUAAAAGUACAUAACUGUGCUGUGACUCUUAAGUGGCUUUUUAAUUUUUAAAAAUAACUUGAAAAAUCCAAAAAAAAAAAAACGUUUCAAUUUUUUUUUGAAGAGCUAUGGGUUCUUUAUUAGCUUUCAAAAAAAAAACUAAAGGCCAAGUGUUCGUUUCGUGGAUUUAACGAUUCAUCAGUCAUAUCGUGCAAAAAUAAUGGAACAAUAAUUUAUCAAAAAAAUUAAUAUUUUUAAUAAAUAAAUUUCGAAGUGAAUUUUAUUUUUUGAGAAAGAGGAUUUACUCCAGCGAAACGAACACUUUGUUGAUGAAUGGUGCAAACAAAAUAUGGGCCGUCCUUUUUUCCAGCAGGCUGUCACUGCUUUAAAUAUCUAAAAAAAGACGCUUUAUUUAGGCCCGCUGGAAAAAAUAGGUCCUUUCUCAUAAGUUCCAAUAGAGAAUAUUUAGUAUCUUAUUGCCAAUUUACAUUUUAGUAUAUGUAUUAGUCUUUUAGGUAUUACGAUAUUACUUAGUAUUUAAGAAACUUGGUAGUAGGGAUUAUAAUGUGUGUUCUUAUAUAAUCGGACAACCACAAAACUCUGAAUCAUACACUAUAUAUAUGCGCUGAUCUUUGUAGAUCGAAAAUAUAUAUUAUUAUAACCUAAAACACGGGAAUUACCUAUAAUUAGUAAAAGCCUAGGUGUAAUAUCGGUACUGUUAUCUUUUUUCAUAAUAUAAAAAUAUGAAGAGAAACAAAAUCAAAGCAAUUGACAUGGCUAUGACAAUUGAACCCCAAUUUUAGACACCGCGGCCUUUUUAGUGGUUGUUUACCGAACACGUUUUGGUUAUUCACGGUAAUAUUGUGCGAGUACCCGAAAACGCGGUCGCCUUUCUUACUUCACUACUAAAGAACUGCCUUUUCGUAUAACUUCCAGUCUGACAAACAAAUUAUUUUGAGUGAUUUAUUAUCAAAAAAAAAAUCCACCAAAAAUCCGGUACUAAUUUGUUGCUUGAGAAAAAAAAUUAGUUAUUAGGUGAAAAACUCGUAGACUUUGUGUGUCCUCACCAGUGAUUUUAUAAUAAUGUAUUUAUAAAAAAAAUAAAACAGCUUGGCAGUUGUACUAAGGUCUUGUAUCUCGAGAAACGAGGCAAUUGUUACAAUAAUUAUGUGUGCUUUAUAAAGAGUUUUUUUUUUCAGUGUAAACAUAUUUCCAUUGUGUGGUUGGGGAUUAAACUGGUUUAUUAUUCCCAUCAAACAAUCCAUGUUCCGAAAAGAAUUUGAAAUGAUAUUGAAAUUUAGUUUUUAACGCCAAUGAAAGUUGGCUUUAGUUUAUCAUGUGCAGUUCUGUCCAUAAAAAGUAGGACAACGUGUGGAAUAGAAGGCAAAACUUAUUCGGAUUACAUAAGAGAAAAACUUUGGCAGCUGGACAGUACCAGGGUCAUGCCCAAUUCAUCUACCAUCCUCAUUGAACAUCAGAUAUUUUGGCUUCCACAUAAUUUUGUGACAAUCUUACAAAUCUUGAAAGCGAUCCAUAAUCCAGGAUUAAUGAAGCAGCUUGAUGACAGAAGUGCUGGUAAACUGUUCACAAUUAUGAGGUGCAGCAUGUGUGGAAUGAAUUUAUAUGUAUCGUCUAUCAGGGUGUUUCGGUAUCUAACAGUUAUGAAAGGUAAAACCCUUUAGUGGAUGAAAAAUAAGUAUUUUACCAAACUUAGAUAAGAGUUUUUGUUGAACAUUAAAAUACCCCAAGAGUACAAUAUCUUUGCUUGGCAUUUCAUAUGUAGAGUGAAAGAUUUCUACCAGAACUAUUGCUGUAUGAUUUUUAGAUGGAUAUUUAUCCUUUUGAAUGUGAUACUUGCAAACCAAAAUUUAAACGAAAAGGCCAUUCAACUAGUCAGAUAUUAAGUAAGACAACAUUGGUAUAAUUUCUGCCAAUGUUUGGAACAGAAGACAAAACUUAUUCGAAAUACAUCAGGGAAAAACUUUGGCAUUUGGACAGUACCAAGUCAUGCCCAAUUCAUUAAACAUCAGAUAUUUUGGCUUUCACAUAUCUGUUGUUACAUUUGUGACAAUUUUAAAAAACCUUAGAAGCCAUUCAUAAUCCAGGAUUAACGGAGCAGCUUGAUGACAGAAGUGCUGGUAUACAGUUUCUGAUUAUAGAGCGCAGCAUGUGCAAAAUAAAUUUACAUGUAUCGUCUAACAGGACACAGCGGUCUCUACCAGUUGUAGAAGAAAUAGCCCUUUAGUGGGUGGAGAAUAAGCAUUUUGACAAACUUAGAUAAGAGUUUGUGUUGAACAUUCAAAAGCACAAUAUUAUAUAUGGUUAAGGGAGAAUUUUUAGCAAGAUUUUCUCCAGAACUAUGACUGUAUAAUAGAUAGAUGGAUAUUUUUAUCCUUUUAAAUGUGACACUUGCAAAGCAAAAUUUAAACGAAAAAGCCAUUUAAAUGGUUAGAUAUUAACACACUCAGAUCAGAUGAAUUUUGAAUGCAACAUAUGCAAAGCCAAAGCAUAUUUCAAGAAACAUUUUGUAAGACAUUCAGAAAUAAAUUUAGCAUUUGAUUAACGAGCAUUUAAGUAUAAUAUAUCCGAACAUCUAUUUUGACAUAGGAUUUUGAAUGCCAAACUUGAGUUUGUGCAAUACAAUAUACAGAGUGAUAGGCGAAUUUUCAAAAAGAUUUUCACCAGAACUAUGACUGUAUGAUAGAUAGAUGGAUAUUUAGCCUUUCGAAUGUAACACUUGCAAAGCAAAAUUUAAACGAAAAAGCCAUUUAAAUGGUUAGAUAUUAACACACUCAGAUCGGAUGAAUUAUGAAUGCAACAUAUGCAAAGCCAAAGCAUAUUUCAAGAAACAUUUUGUAAGACAUUCAGAAUUAAAUUUAGCAUCUGAUAAACAAGAAUUUAAGUAUAAUAUAUCCAAACAUCUAUUUUGACAUAGAAUUUUGAAUACCAAACUUGAGUUUAUGCUCAACAUUAUAUAAAGUGACAGAAUAAUUUUCAGAAAGAUUUUCACCAGAACUAUGACUGUAUGAUAGAUAGAUGGAUAUUUAGCCUUUCGAAUGUAACACUUGCAAAGCAAAAUUUAAACGAAAAAGCCAUUUAAAUGGUAAGAUAUUAACACACUCAGAUCAGAUGAAUUGAGAAUGCAACAUAUGCAAAGCUAAAUCAUAUUUCAAGAAACAUUUUGUAAGACAUUCAGAAUUAAAUUUAGCAUCUGAUAAACGAGCAUUAAAGUAUAAUAUAUCCGAACAUCUAUUUUGACAUAGGAUUUUGAGUGCCAAACUUGAGUUUGUGCUCAAUAUUAUAUAGAGUUACAAGAGAAUUUUCAGAAAAUUUUUCACUAAAACUAUGACUGUAUGCUAGAUAGAUAGAUAUUUAUCCUUUUGAAUGUAACACUUGCAAAGCAAAACUUAAACGAAAAAGCCAUUUAAAUAGUUAAAUAUUAACACAUUUGGAUAGAUGAAUUUUGAAUGCAACAUAUGCAAAGGCAAAGCAUAUUUCAAGAAACAUUUUGUAAGACAUUCAAAUUGAAUUUAGUAUCUGAUAAACAAGCAUUUAAGUAUAAUAUAUCCAAACAUCUAUUUUGACAUAGGAUUUUGAAUGCCAAACUUGAGUUUGUGUUCAACAUUAUAUAGAGUGACGAGAGAAUUUUCAGAAAGAUUUUCACCAGAACUAUGACUAUAUGAUAGAUAGAUGGAUAUUUAUCCUUUUGAAUGUAACACUUGCAAAGCAAAAUUUAAACGAAAAAACCAUUUAAAUGGUCAGAUAUUAUUACACUCGGAUGAGAUGAAUUUUGAAUGCAACAUACAUGCAAAGCAAAAGUGUAUCUCUAAAUACAUUUUGUAAUACAUUCAGAAUUAAAUUUAGCAUCUGAUAAACGAGAAUUUAAGUAUAAUAUAUCCGAACAUCUAUUUUGACAUAGGAUUUUGAAUGCCAAACUUGAGUUUGUGUUCAACAUUAUAUAGAGUGUUGGAGAAUUUUCAGAAAGAUUUUCACCAGAGCCAUGACUGUAUGAUAGAUAGAUGGAUAUUUAUCCUUUUAAAUGUGACACUUGCAAAGCAAAACUUAAACAAAAAAGCCAUUUAAAUGGUCAGAUAUUAACACACUCGGAUGAGAUGAAUUUUGAUGUAACAUACACAUGCAAAGUAAAAACGUAUCUCAAAAUACAUUUUGUAAGACAUUCAGAAUUAAAUUUAGCAUCUGAUAAACGAGCAUUUAAAUAUAAUAUAGCCAAACAUCUAUUUUAGUAGGAAUAAGAUUAUCGAUGCAAUAUCAAAUUUUAUGAAAAUCAUCACGACUUGUUACGACAGUUUUGAAAGACUGGAUAACAUCAACAAAAAGUUAUAUCAGUCGAAAAUUGCUGUCCCACAAGUUUAUCAACAGAACUGUACCUAAUAUUUUUCUGUCAUAUACAUAUAUUAUCACAUUGCACAAAUCAGGUCGAUCAACCAGUCUUGUUUAACAUGAUAGGACAUUGAAAAAUUGUCACAAAUUGCUGACAAUAUAACAACUAUUUGUCUAGGAAUAAUUCUGACCACUCAGUUUAAGCCACGACCAAUAAUUACGGAGUUACAUUGGAUACCACUGACGUACUUUGUUCGAAUUUUAAAAAAGAUCCAAAACGUUCAAGAAGUUUUUAAAAAAACCAUAAGAUCGAUUUUGAAAAGAUGAUAUUCAAAUAUUCAAUAGUGAACAUUUUGUGCCUUAUCCAUUGGCAACAUUCUGUCAUUUUUAUACAGCAUAUCUAAUUUUGUAACAUUAUAAGAACCUCCUAAUAAAAGUACCCAUAAAACAACUGCCAAAUGAGGUAUUGUGAUUUACUUACUAAUUAUGUAUGUAUAUAUUGUCGAGCGUGCAUUAUUUAAAAAAGAAAACACACAGGAAACGUAAAUUUAUAAUUUAGCAAAAGCAUUAUUUUUUGAAUUGUAAAAUUAUAAAUUUAACGUUUAGUUAGUUUCCGAUUGUCUGAUAUUUGUGUACCUUUGAAUAUUUAGGAUGUAAUAUUGUUUAUUUAUAAAAAUAAUAAUAAAAUAUAAAAAAAAAACACAUACAUUAAACUAAGCUCAGCUUAAAAUAAUAUCAUAGUAGUGCACGGAUUGAACUAAGUACUCGUGGCUGAAACUUAAAAAAAUAAACACCGACUUAUAUUAAAAAAACGAUUUCCAAAUGAAGGAGCAAUUCUACCACCAUCGUUACCUGACUAUUUGCAAUAUAAGCAAACAGCAACGAAACUAAAACAAAAAAAAUGCUGUAAAGCGUUUCUAAAUACACGAUACGUAACUAAACAAAAUUUUGACUUGAAAAAAAUUAAAUAAAAUCUGAAAAAGUUAGUUAAUUAAAUGUUAAAAAAAAAAUAAACCCGUUAGUAUUUGAUUUAGGUUUACAGUAUUUGUGAUCAAAGUGCCACUUGUGUUUUCAAGUAUAAUAUAUUAUAUAAAUAUUUAAUCAUUGCCACUAAAUACUAUAUAUUAUAUAUUAAUUAAAGAUUAUAUUAUAUAAUAAAAAAAUACACCUUUGUAAUUAGUGGGUAAAAAUAUGGCAAUAUAAAAACGUUGCCCUAUUUUGUAGUAGUGAAUUCUUGGUGUUCGGUAGUUUAUAAGACUUAUUCCUCGACCUGACCUUUGAGUAUUUCUUCAAAGCAGACAUAGACUUAAUUAAUAUUAAAAUUUUUUGAUUGGUUGUUACGUUACUCACACGUUGUUUAGGCGCGUUCAAUUAUUUUAAAACUAUAUUUAAAUAUGCCAAAGUUGUGUGAGCAAUUCGAUUUAUUUUUUUCAAUUCAUAUCAUUGAAACUUACUGCGAUAAUAAUAAUUAUGAGGACAGCAUUUAAUUUUUUUGGUUGUUGAUUACAAUUGCUAUAUUGGAAUGGUAUUGAAUGAUGCAGCUUAUUGUCAUCCACUUUUACCUUGCUCGUUUUUGACAGCCUCCAUAUAUGUUGAAAACUUGCAUUGUUGUAUUAUUCAAUACGUUAUGGCAAAAACAUAUUAAUGUUCAUAUCAAAAUCAUAAUAGAAGCAAACUACUUCAAACUUAAUUAUUAGUAACGGUUGUGUCAGAAGAGCGCAAAACAUACAAAAAAAUUAAAUGGUGUCCAAUCAAUAUUCACCUAAACUCUUGUUGUUCUCCCCCCGGAUCUGUCUUAUUGCAACUUUGACAAGGUCACUUGAAGUCUGCCAAAAAAAUUGUAACCCUGACUUUCGUAGUAUAUAGAAUAGAAUUAUUUUUAUGAAUCGGCAAUAAUACAUUUUUUACUUUUUAAAGUGUAUGUGAAUUUUUAAAAAACAGUUUUUUUCCAAGAUCAACAUCCAGUGUGAAGUAAUUUAAAGAAACGCAUAGUUGCUUUGUCGCUUUUAUUAGAAGAAUUAAAUCGCGCGCAAUGUUCAUCAUGUAACACUUGAUAAUACCAAUCGAUGUGCCUCUUGACUUUGUUAUAAUAACGUGUAAAAAUAAUAAAGUAGAAUCGUGACCUGGUUGCGGUCUCAGUUUUUUCCCCGAGAAUGAAUAUCUACAUUGACUAAAAUGAGCUUUAAAGAAAAAACUUAUAUUAGAAUCAAUAGUUUUUUUUUUAACAUUUAGCAAAAUCUGUAAUCCCCCAAAGCAGUCUUCUAAAACAAAACAAGGAGAUGUUUUUAUAUAAUAAUAAUUAUAUAAUUAGAUCUCUAGUCUUACAAAAUGUAAAUAAGUAUUCUAUCUAUCUAAGAGAAACUUGCAAUACAAAAAAAAAAUAAAAAUGGUUAAUGGGUAACUUUAAGGUUAGCUUGUAUGUGUUUACUUAAAAAAAUUGUUACUUAUCUAGUGGCAGCAUUUAGUCAGUAAAAUUAGUAUUAUAUUUAAAAAAAAAAAACUCCUGGAAGUUGCAUAAUCUGAACUUGUGCAAUAACUUCGAUUAUUCUUGAAAUAAGUAUUAUUUAAAUAGGAAUUUUACGCUUUAUUGUUUCUAGAGUUGUAAUUUAUUUUAAUGCCACAGACUUUUUGCUACAAAUUUUAAAUUUAAAUGUUAUUUAUACAGAAUUAGGCUUGGUGAUCACCUAAGGCCAGGUUUCUAUUGCUGAUUCCAAUAAUUACAGUAGUCCUUGGUUGUGUGUCUGCCAUAGCAAAUUCCCAUUUUCCAUAUUUAGUGAUUGUUGAUCUCUGCCCUGAUUAUGUAUUAAAUUUUAAAUGUGUUGAGAUAAUGGGCUUUGCUCAAUCAAUACUUCAAUCUCAAACAUAGACGUUGGAAAAUUUUCCAUCCUCAUUUUCCAGAGGAAUUUCAUCAGCUCUAUAUAAGCAAAUAAUGGAAAUCAGAAUGAUUGCAAUUACUUGCGGCUUCUUGGAAAUUUGCUCACUAAAAGCUAGAAAAAUCUUGAAACUGUCGACUUUCAGCGUUCUGCAGGACUUCAAUUAAGCAAAUACAGCGAAAAUUGUUGAACGAAUAGAGUGAUGUUUAGUUUCCAAGGUAUUUGCCAUGUUUAGGCAGGACUGGUUGUGUUCAAAUAUUUGAAUAGGAAAAGCAUCACUAUUUGAGAUUUCAUUCAAUAAUUUUGCAAUAAAAAUGCAUUCCGUUAAACAAUCAGAGGGUGCAACAUACUCUGCCUCUGCACUGUUUUUUCAAUUCCCAAUAAACAAAAUUAUCAAAAACCGUUAUUUCAAAACCCGAGUUGCUUUUUCUAUCUACAAUAGAAUUUGCAAAAUUUGCAUCUACGUAAACAGUAACUAGACUUUCACUAUUUUCUUGUGAUUUAUCAUAUUUUAGACUAGAAUUUUCUGUAUUCUUUAAAUAGCGCAAAAUAUGUUUCAAAUAUUUCCAAUUUUCUAAGGAAAAACCGUUUUGUAAUUGGCUAAAAUAUGAAAUUCUCUAUAUAUCACAAGUCUGGUCUAGUUCCUAUCAUGAUAUACAUAAAACAACCUAUUAAUUCACAAUAAGGAAUGCUUGAUUCUUGUCCUCCACAACUUUUCAAAUUCAAUUUUUGCUGUAUAGGAACACUUGAAACUUUGCAAUCUGACAUAUUGAAUUUAAACAAAGUUUUCUGAAUCAAUUCUUUCUGAUUUAUAAACAAACAAGUUUCUAUUUUCUGAAUUGUAAAGCCCAAGAAUUUUGCAAUAUACUUUUCUUGUGAUUUUGGUGACAGAUCUCUCAGUUGGAAUUUUUUCAUGAUCCUAUUUUUGAAAAGGACAAGUUUCAUCUUCAUCAACAUGCACCACGCACCAUCAAUAUUAUAUCAGAGUCAAAAUAUAAGCACGGAUCGGAUUUUGAUCUUUGAAAGUUCAAGGUUAGUAGAAAGUUAUGCAACUUCUCGUACCAACAGUUUGAGUCCAUAUUUUCACAUUCCAGUCCUUCAGGUAUUUCCACAACAAAUAAUCUCCUGGACUAUUCCAAGUUAACCUACACAAACCAAAAUUAUUCAUACCUGACAUCUAAAAUCAUAAUAAUAAUACAAGAGCUAAUAUGAUGCUGUCCAGUUACUUUUGGUGACGAUGGUACACACUUUACGUCAAGCUGGUUAAUCAAAUACAUACAUGCAUAGUUUUUUUCCACUGAUAAAGAAAACAACAGUCUUAUAGUCAGCCAAUGGUCGCACCACUAUCUACGACCAAUUCUACAUCACGAUUUCCUGUCUGAGUCGAAAACCCUUUUCCUGAUUUCACCGUGAUGGAACAUAUGUCAUUCUCAUCUUUUUCAGUCACAUUAGCUCGACCUUUAUCAGGACAAUCUGCUUAUUUAUGGCUUAUUUUGCCGCAACCAUAAUAUUUGUAUGGAUACCUGCAUUUCUGCACUUCAGAUUUAAGUUUUCCUCUUGUUUUUCCCAUUCCCAAAAAUGCUGAGCUACUUGACUCAUUAAGGGCCAGUUUUAUAAACAGUGGUAACCACAAGACACUGGUAACCUUCAAUAUGUCUGUUUCAUAAUAUAUGGGUAAGCUAAAACCAUUGGUCAAGCUUCAGAUUAUUAAUGUGAUCAACCCGCAACUAUGAGUUUGAUAACUACUGCAGAUUACCACCAAUUGUGAAACUGGGUUUUAAUUCUGCAUUCUUCUGCGUUGUUUGUUUCAUCACACAAUAACUUGCUCUUAACAAAUUCCAAGGUUACACUAUUGUUAACUUGACAAAACAGGAACAUCAAGAGCUGUCACAACACUCUCAUAACUCUCUAGCAUCGAAGCUAAUAGCUGCGAAAUUAUUUCACUUUGUUCAAUUUUUUCUUUAGCGUUCUUUAAUUCUAAUGGUACAUUCAAACUCUACAAUGUACUUAUUCAGUGAUUGUGUGCCAUUUUAUUGCAUGCUUCGUAACUUUAUCUGUAACUGGACCUGACUGGCAACACCUGAUUUUAUGUAGGUACUUUUCAAAAUAUCGAAAACUGACUUUGCCGUGGUUUUUGAUUUAAUUAUAUCUAGACCACUGUCGGCCACAGUUCCGAGCCUUUAAAUCAUUUUUCUUGAACUGGGCGUGGGUGAUUCUUGAUCAACAAAUUCGAGCAUACCAUGAUGCUCCAGCAAUAAUAUUACUGCAAACUUCCAGUUUGAGAAGCCAGUUCUCUCGAACGGUUUGAUGCUGUGUGCUGGGGUCGUCAUGUUCUUAGGAUUUUUGGCGAUUUUUGUCCAUUCACUUAAAACUUUCAACUGCAGCUCUUCACGAGGGUUGAACCAUGCUAUCUGGGCCCAUAACCUGUCAACUUUCAGGGUCUUGUAGGACUUCAAUACAGCGAAAAUUGUUAAACAAUGUUUUCAUUUGAAACUAAGGUUCAAUCAACUGACAGAAUCAGUGAUGGUAAAAUUUUUUUCGCGAUCUUUUCAGACAAACACAAUUCCCUAAUUUUCCCUAUCAACCAAGAGAAAAAAAUCCCUGGUUAGGUUGGCUCAUCUUUAUACGUUAUUCGUUUUCUUGUUUCAAGUUAGGAGAUUAAAAAAAGAAAGAAGUAUUUUGCAAUAAUGUGGGUGGCCUAAAUGUAAAUGCAAACAGAUAAAGUAGGGAUGUCUCCCAGUCACAGAUCAGUUGGCAGGGCUUGCGAGUGACGUCACCGCAGUAUUAGCAGCAUAGCAGAUUAUAGUGGUGACGUCACCUGCAGGCUUCGAUGGAAUGUUUGCGAUUCAGGUUCUUGUUUUUUCUUCGAUUUUAAAUGAAGACAAGGCGAAUUUAACAAAAUUAUAAUUUUUAGGAAUUCGUUUUUUAUUUACCUAUACUGCAGCUGAAAUGAGAGAUAUUUUCAGCUUAAUAAGCAGUCGUAUUAGGUUAAGUGCUCUUGUCCUAGAGUCCUAACAGUCUUUUCUCGUUAGCAGUUAGAUCGAUAAUCGGAAUUUGUAUUUGACAAAAUAUCAUUUUUUUCGAUACUAACUAAUCCCUGAAUUUCCCUACAUUUUUCAAAUUUCUAUCCCUCUUCCCUACACCAGAAAAAAAACAUAAGUUUUUCCCUGCAUAUAGAAAAAUUCCCUAAGUGUUACCAUCACUGGAGAGAAUACUAAUGGCGUUUCCGAUUGGUAGAUCUAGUGCAGAACUAGUGCAAUUUUUUUUAUUUUUGUCUUUUUCUUAUAAUAGCUGCAUAAAAAACAGGGUCUGUUCACACAAAUUGCUUAUUUCUACAAAAACCACUCUUGAAGUUCUGUUAAGGGGAAACUUUGCAACUUCCACAACAGAAAAUUUGUGUUAUUGGCUACCAAGACACUGUUAUCAGCUUUAAAAUGCUUCUCAAGCUUUUUUGGGUUUUUCAUGACAAUCAGAAUGUAAUUUUCAGCUCCUAAAGCAGUAUAAUUACCUCAAGAAAGUCUCCAAUGUUCUUUUUAAUUCAGUUUUCCGUUUCUAGAAUACUGCGAAUGUUACCAAGUUUUGUGUGAAUGGUUAGACUAUUGAGAAUAAAGCAUGUCUUCUUCAACUUCUGACAAAGUGGAGUUAGCUCAAUGAGAUUCUCUUAUGAUUUUUUCCAGUAUUAUUGGACAUGUUUUCAAGCUUCUACAAUAGUGGAAAUUGUGCUGAGAGCUUCAAAAAAAAAAACCAUAAACAGCUUAAAAUUAUUGCUCUCAAAGCCUUCUUAUGACAAGUUUUCCAACUUCUACAACAACAAAAUUCGUGUUACUACUUACUACUAGCCACCACAAAACUGUCAGCUUGAAAAUGCUUUGCAAGUUCUUUCUGAGUUUUUGAAACGCAAAAACAGACACCUAAUUUGUAUAAAUAACAAUUUGGACGCUUAUCAGUCUCAGCUUGAGGUUUCCAUAUUUAAACUGAGUUCACUAAUACCUACCUGUGAAUUAUUUGUUGCAAAAAGUCUCCAUAAUACCAAACACCUUUCACUUCUAGUGUAUUCUCUCUUUUCCCACAGGUAUUUCUUGCCGUCACUUUAAACGAAAAAUCUUUUUAAACUCUUGUCACUACAUACCAAAGACCCUUUGUGUCAUAUUAAAUGCUGAUUUUUUUUUGUUUAAAUUUGUUUUUUCGAAUUUCGCCAAAUUCUUCCAACCAUGGUUGUGAUAGUCAUAGUUUUUAGCGCUUUCGUUUAUUAUUCCACAAGCUGAUUAUUUUAAAUUUUAAUACCAGUUUGUUAUUUAUAAGGUUAGAUUUAAGCUGGAAAGGCGGCAGAUCGGGUGGAAGGUUUGCCGGUUUUCCAGGCCGUUGUGCGGUUGAAAAAAUAAAACCAGCACAAAAACUCAAGUGCCUAUAAAUAUGUGCAAUUGAAUAAAAAUUUGGGCCUGACUUUUAGACAGGGUUUUUAAACAUAUUUAGGCGAAUUGAUUGUAUAUUUUAUCGGCUACGGUUCAGCCCCCACUAUUGUAUAAAAAUUUGCUGAAGAAAAUAAUAGACAAAAAAAAAAAAUGUAGAACUAAGUAAACGGUGUGUGAUUUUGAACGAUUUAUUUGAUUAAGGGACACGAGCAGGUACGGCCACUGAUAUUUUUCAAAUUAAAUAAUAAUAUUUUUAGACUAUCCCGUACUUGCUCGAGCCCGUAGUGUGUUGUCGAGAUGUAAUUUUGACGAUCUCGCAAAUUGUAGCGACGAUUUUUAAGCUAGCAAGGUACUGCCAACAUUUGUAAAAAGAUAACGUAUGUUCUAAGAUUAUCAAAAAAAAAAGAGUUUUAUCGUGUAGGCUAAUAAUAAUUAUAUAAACAGUUUUUGCCCGAUUUACUAACGCAAAAAAAAACCACUGGUAUUUUUUUCCGAUAGGGUAGUUGUGGGGUAGCAAAAUGAAUGUUAGGCCCUCAAUCUCAGGUGUAGAAUUUAUUAUCAUUCUUCUAAUAUAAAUUAGUAUAAACUUUACAUGUAAGUCAAAACACUACUGAAUUUUACAUUCCUUUUAAAUUUUAAUAUAUUUUUAUUGUUGAAGCAUUAAAUAAUAUUUGUCUAUUAAUUAUUGUCAAUAAUAAUUCCAAAUUGUUUCAAUUCAAGAAUUCAAUUAUUUAUUUUUUGUUGUUGAAUCAAAAUAAUGCCUUAUGAAAAAUAAUAAUGACAAAACAAAAAGUGUGCUCUCUGUCUAGUUAAUUUAUAGAAAUAAGUAGUGUUUAAGGUUUUAGGGUUUAAAACUAAAAGGCCAUCAAAUGGCUCGAGAAAGACUGUAGAGGGAUACCAGGUGAUUAGAUAAAGUUUUAGGCAAAACCAUUCUCCCAGUGAAUUGUUCUUGUCUAAAGAUGAUCAGAUAGCAUAGGACUUUUUGCACAGAUGAAAGUAACGAGAGAACACUAGGUCCAUCUAAAAAAAAAAGGUGCUCUAUCUAACAUACAUAAAUAACAGCCUAGUUUUUGUCAAUGGAAUCUCCCAUAUUAGUAUAUUUUUGCUAUAGACAAGAGAUUUUCUUGAUCAUAUCAACACAAAUUGAAAAAAAUAAAAAGACAAAUUGGUUAAUUAAAUCGUGCCAAAAUUUUUGCUUUAGGAACCUUUUUGCUCAUGGCGACACGUUGCUGUCGCAUACGCUUACUUGCUGUGUAUAAUAACUUAAAAAAAAUGCAAUAUGUGUAUAUAUUGGCUGAUGAUUCUUGUACAAUUGUUAUAAUUUCAUAGUAUAUUAAUGUGUAAUGUAAACUACUUAAUUAUUAGUCUAGAAAAUGUGUUAUUACAUAUUUAAGUAUUACAAUUAGUGGAUAUAAAAUUGAAAAACCUUUGCAAGUUUCUCUUCGUAUAACAAGAUAGAUAGAAUAAUUAGCUGCUGUAAAGAACAAAAGUGUUAUUUAUUGUUUCUUUUUUUUUGUUAUUUUGAAUUUAUAUUUGCCAAAUUUUUGCGUUAUGCUGACCUCUGCGUUUAGUUAUGAUGUUACUGUUGCCUGUUUGAUUAAUUUAAGAUCCGAGAUGAGUGAGACUGGAUUCUGGUUUUGUUUGCAUUGAAAUAAUAGUUGCAAGUGACGAACUUUGAAUGUAACGUGGUACAUAUUUGGAUAAUUUACCAUUGAAAUUACUAAAAAACGCCAGUCGUUUAGAGGUGGAUGAUGAGUUUUCGCCUUAUGAUUCCAAAAACUGUUGAAGGAUUUCCAAAAAGUUAUUUCAUUUAAUUGUCUCUGGGUAAAUAUUUUUUUCAUGAACUGCAUUUCGUUCUCUAUCUGUCCAAAUGCGUUCACAAAGUAAAAUGCACAUUUUCUACGAGAUUUUUAUCGUUCUUAUUUUUCCUCCAUUGCUUCUGCCAUCACGUUUUGUCGCUGGUUUUCUAGUUCUGUUCUUUGGUAUAUGUUGACCAGCACCUUUGAUAGCUUGCCUGCUAGGAAUUAGUUUUCUAAUUAUCAUUUUUUGUAAUCUUUUUGGACCUCUUUCGUCACAGUUAAAUACAUACAUAUAGUGGAUGUACUACUAUUGAAGACAUUAUUCUUCGAAUUUAUUGUUCAUUGUAAACUGUAUUACCGGUAUUACUAAACAAAAUUUCACCAGAAAAAUAUUGGAAUUUCUCACUCUUACCAGUUAUUUCAUCUCUUGGAGCUGAUUUAUUGCUGAGGCUUCUCUACAAAAAGAAGUCGAAGUCGAGAGAGGUCAAGUCUGGACGCCUAGGAGGCCAAGAAAUAUUUGUUCUAUCACAAAUGAGUGUAUCUGCAAGUACUGUGUUUUGACAGUUCAAUAUCAAUUGUAGCCCCAUCCUGUCUCUAAAAUCUUGCCAUAAUUGCUAGAGAAAAAAAAGUCAUUAUUUUGCACUCGUCACUUGCAAUGUUUCUUAUUUUUAAUUUUCUCACUAAUCUCACACCAUGAAAAUUAUAGUUACAAAUAAAACCAGAUUGCAGACUCUAAAGAAACAUCGGAAUUGUAUCCCUAAGUGACUUUGCUGACGAGCAGUAAACUUAUUAAAGUAAAAAUUAUUCGCUGAACUUAUUCAUCUCCAGUCGUUGCUGUCUAGUUCAAAAAAUCCGUGAAAAAAAUUGUUUGUUUGCAUUUUCGUUGGCUCGAAACUUGUGAUUUCCUUUCUUUUGUGAUAUAAGUACAAUUUUUGUGAUAUACCGAUAAUUAUAGCGUAUUUUAAUUGUUUUUUUCAUUAAUUUAAAAAAAAUAAAUAAUAAUAUACUUUUUGAGAAAACGCAUUCGAAGUCAAAAUUUGUGAGUAUAUGUACUUCAAAUUUAAGUAAGACUUAUUACAUAUUAGUAAGAACUUUAUCCUACAAGGAAUAAUAUUUAUUAUAAUCUAAAAACUAAGCCCACACAAAAAAAAAUCAAUUGAGUAGAAAAUAGAGUAUCAAGCAUGGGCUUCCCCAGCAAGCAUCAACAAUCAAUGAAAAAAAAAAAAAAAUAUAUAUCAUUUUCAACCAAAACUCGCCUUUAAAAUAUAGAAUUCCACUGUGCGAAGAAUACGAAAAACCUCAAAUGCCACGAAAAUGUAAGCAAACAAUUGAAAAGCAUCACAUGACCAGCUUGUUUCGAUAUUUGAUGUUAGGAUGACAUAUUCUUGCAACAAAUGGCCUAAAAACAAGUUCCCUCCUGUAAAAAUCUAGUCCAAUUUAAUUAAAUGUCCAAACUGAAAAUGAUUGAUUCCAAUUCUCUUGUCAUAAUAUGUUUGUAUUUUUGUUGUUUUAUUGGAAUUGUGUAUACAUUAUCUUCCGAAAAAAAAAAAUCGUUUCAAGUUCCUUAUGUGUUAAUUUUUGAUUCGCCUGUGUAUGUAUUUUUACGUUUAUAUGGUUGUGUUUAAAACUAAAACAAGUUGAUUUAUUAUAAACGGAUUUAAAUCGAAUAAGGCAAUAUAAUAAACUUUCCUGUAUUGACAGAUUCAAAUAUGUGAUAGUGCUGACAAUUUAAAAAAAAAAAAUGUAUCUUCUACCAUUAUCUAUCUAAAAAAAAAACAUCACUAACAUUGACAUAAUGAAAUUAUUGUUAUAGAGUGACAUUGAGGAGGUUGGCAAAAUUUGCCGCCUCCCUUAACUGAUUUAUAGGCUGUCUUUUUUGAUUUUUAUAAAAGACAUUUUUAUUAGGGACGCGAACAAUACAAUACCGUUAUUAUGUUUUUUUUUUGUUGUUUUAAAAUAGAAAUAAUUUAGACGUAGAAACUGGCUUAAAACGGGUCUGUCGCUAAACUUUUGAUUAAAAGUCUGAUCUGAAAAUUAAAAUAAUAAAAAUGACACGAAUCUCUGACAAGAAUAUAUGGUCGGCAGGUACUAAAAAAAUUUGUCACUAGGAGGGUAAACUCAGGGACCAGGCCAAAAGUCACGGUGAUAUCAAGUAGCUAAAAUUUAACAAAACAAUUGAAAAAUCAAAUCGGAAAAAUAAACACCCCUCCCCUCAAAGUAAUUAAUAAUACACUUUACUCUUAAUGUAAACUCAAUUGAAUGUUGUAGAAAAAUAUUUUCAAAUCUGUAAAAUAAAAUAGUUUAAAAAGUUAUGGAAAAAAAAACUACCCUACUGCACUGUAACGUUCAAAUUCUAAAUAUUUUAAAAAUAUUUACAUGAUACAGUGAGUCCAAUAUUGUCUCCCAAUAAAUACAUUGAAAGUAAGAAAUCUACAGUGCAGAUGGGCACCUAGGUUUAAGUUAGGUUAUGUAAGUGCUUUUGAACAACAUUCUUGUUGUUUAUGCUCUGUACUUGUAACCCAAAUGACCAGUAUGCAUUCAGUAAUAAAGGUUGUCUUAAUGUAA